UUCAACCGUCUAGAAGGCUCUGAGAAUUUACUCCGGUCACAUUCAAAGGAGCACCCCGUAAAAUAGCAAAAUGCAGGCGACAAAAACCGGUAGUCGACUGUUUCACAUUUCACUCAACUGCCUCAAGAUGGCGUCAACGUCGACCAAUGGCGCGGCGCCUCCGCGAUCACGUGAUAAACAGUUGUGCAAGUGUAUUGUGAAUGUCAGCUGCGCUACAGAGCGGGUUCAACAGAUAAAUACUUCGUUUUGGAUAGCAAAAAAUGACAUUUUUUGACACAAGUCAUGAGUAAAAUAGUGAUAUAACGCGAGGCCUCGCAUCGAGCGAUGCGUGCAGUGGUGAAUCGGCUGUGAUUGCGGUGUUUUACAUGUUUCUUAUGAACUGCAACAUAACCGUCAUGCGGAGCGUGGUUACACACACAUGUAGACGUGAUAUUUGAAAUAAUGUUGAGAUUUUACCCUUUUGAUUAAUCAGUGGGCUUCGUGACACUGCGAAUAUGGAGGACUUUAAUGAGGGAGUGGAUGGUAAACUCGCGUCCAGAAUGCGCAAAGUUAAUCCUGAACAGUUCUUGACACUGGUGAAGAUGCACCUGUCCUUCGAGCUCGACAUUACCACUGACGAUAAUGAUCCCGUAACGGAAAAAACCAAGGAUAAAAAGUGGGGAUUCUUGAGUUUCUCCAAAAAACCAAAAUCAUUGAUGAAUUUGCAACAGAAAGGCGAAAGCACUGCCCUGACCAAUGAGGGCAUAAAUCAAGUUAAACAGCUCAUGGAAUAUCUGUCCAAAGAACAAUGCAUUGUCCAGGAGGGAAUUUUCCGAAGAACCGGAAAAUUGACCCGCCAACAGGACCUCAAAACGGCUCUGUACCAGGGCCACCCAAUAGACCUGAAUGAUGGACCAUACAGUGUUCACGAUUGUGCCUCAGUCCUCAAGAGUUUCCUGGCUGAACUUCCAGAGCCACUGUUAACCGAGCUCCAUUAUCCAGCUCACUGUCAAAUCGCUGAAUUAUGCAGUUCAGAUUCGAGCUCCAACGAAUCCCGACUCCUCGGAUCUCUGCAAUUACUUCUGCUACUUCUUCCCCCGACGAAUCGAAUUUUACUGAAGCAUCUGUUGAAGCUUCUGCACAAGACAGCGAGUUUCGAGAGCAGCAACAAAAUGAAUUGUGAUACAUUGGCAACGUUGUUUACGCCCCAUCUGAUGUGCCCGAGGAAAUUAUCACCAGAAGCACUGCACGUGAAUUCACAGAAUUUAUCUGGAUUGGUGGCCUUCAUGAUUCGAAAGGGAAAAGAGUUGUUUGAAAUUCCACCGAAAUUGGCGACUGAUAUCAGGGCUUAUUGGGUCGAUCAGGAGAGGAGAUUGCUGAGUCCAAAUAAAAAUGAUCUGAAUGAAUCAAUCUCAGAUGCAACAGGAACAGCCCACACAGUCUUCAGCUUCGUCGAUCACAAAUUAACAGCGAAAGCCAACUCAACCGAAGACACCCAAGCUGCGUUAGCCCAACUGUACGCCCAUAUCCAGGCGAUGCCAGAGUCUGCGAAGAAGCGUCGCCUGGUGAAACAGUUCAACAAAGAAAAUGGCCAGGGCACCCCAAGACACGUAAAGCAAGUGCGAACGAAGAGCUUAGGAGACUCUAUAAAGAAACACAUCUUCCAGAAGAAAUUACUAGGGCAUAAGAAGCUGGUGGAGAUAAAUAUUGGGUUUAACAUGAGCAAAUCCAGCAGCGAAGAGAACAUUCUAUCAUCUACUCACAAAGAAUUGGCGUUGCCAUCGAAGACGUUGUUCAGCAAAUCUGAUGACGAGUUGAGUUCAGAGAGUUUUACAAUUGACAACGAUAAUCUCAUGCACUCGAAGCACAUGAGCAGCAGCACCGGAAGCCUGGAUAAAACGAAUAACUCAAGAACAACUAAAACGAAGUGGAAGGACUUUGUUAAAAUGAGGGAGGCCCCUGACGAUGCUGAGAGUGACAAGACAUCGAACGAGAGACUGGAGAGCUCCAUCAAAGCCUCAAGGAGUUUGACAACAAUCAGCGAGAAUGGAAAGACAGAGGAGUUGUCAGAGAUUCGAGUGGUCGUGGACGACAGAAAGGUGCGUCGGUACAACUCUGAGCCCUGUGACAUGCACAGUAAUUUUGAGGUGGAGAGUGAGCAGUCGGAAGCCAACAGCACUGACCCAAUAAUAUCGACGCUCCAGCGACCGAAAAUAGAAUUGGUUUUCACUCCCAAGAAUUCGGAGUUGAAGGGGCCUUCGGCUGGUGAGAAAGGCCCAGGGAGUCGCACCUCACCAGUCGUCAAGUACAAGUUUUGGAAUUGUCAUUCGGCUCACACGUCCACACCUGCUGAUAUUCUCAGGCGAAAUUUGGCGAAUGGAGAGGCCUGCGGGGUGACGCCAAUCAAGAAGAAUGACAAGAGCAUGAGUCCUAUUACUAAGAGCACUGCUAAAAUGCCGAGAUCUAUGCAGGAGACAAUGAUGACUCCUCGAUCGAGGAAGCCAGUGAUGAUGAUCUCAGGCUCGAACCUGUGCAAUCUGGCGGCAAUGGAUGAGGCCCCCCAGAAUCUCCAAAUCGUGGACAUCGACAUCGACGAUCACAGCUACGUAUCAAGCCCUGAGAACGCAUCAAGAACGCAACUAGAGAGCUACCACGAAAACAAGGAGAACUACCAACGUCCCCCGUACCGUGGUCGAAACUUCGUCACCUCCAUCGAGGACGACCACGCCCAUCAUAAGAGCACAAUGUCCAUAACCAGUACAUUCAGGGAAUACCUGCUGUCGAGAAGUGUUCUAACAGCGAGUCCUGUGGAUCUCAGUUUUACAUCUCGAACAGGAGAUUUCGAGCAAUCAGAGUCAGAUUUGAAUAUUCUGAAUGAAGAGGGUCUAUCUGAUAGCCUCCUUCACUGUCUCGAUGGGAAUAAUCCAGGCUCCGAUACCUCUGGAAUCGCCUCGAGCAGUGGCAACAGUGGCAACAACUCUGAUGAUAAAUUUGAGGAUGGGAGCACCACAGGGCCGAGAAAACGAGGUACAAGUUUACAACGUAAUGACUCGAAGCGAUCUGUCAGAGGCGUACAGAGAGAUGAAAGAAGGCAUCAGUCUGCCAUGCAGAAGCAACUCAGUGAGUCGACUCUGAAUUCAAUCAAAUUGAAGGACACCUUCCAAGAGACAUCAUUCUAAUGAAGAAAAUUGUGAAUUCCAUUUUUUAUACGUCGAUAUCUAAGUGAAACAGAAGCAAUUUAUAAUGAAUAAUCAUGACUUUUCCACAAUAAAUAUUUUCUCGUAUGUUAAA